AUGGGGAAUACAGUGAGUGUCCCAGAGGAAGCUGAGGAGGACAGUACCUGCACAAUCAAGAGCUACCAGGCUCUCUCUGAAUCUCCUGACACCGUUAAAAAUGGAUCUGCUGUAUUUGCUCAGAAUCAUUCUCCAGCAAUGAAUGGUGAAGUGGAUGCAAAGGCGAGUGUUGCCCGGGAUAAUGUGGCCGUUUCUUCCCCGAAGACAAUGGAGCAGGGCCCCGCUGCCGAGGCGGGCGGGCAGAGCCUCGGGAGCGCUGCCAGGAGAGCUGGGCCAGCUGCUAAACCCCGCUCUGUGCUCGCCUUCUCGUGGGCUGUACCAGGGCGUACUGAAGAUCCAGCGGCGGAUUCAUCACUUGGAUCGGCGAAACUUGAUGUCAGCCCUGUGUCUCCCAGCGGGAACAAAGCCCUGAGUGAGGGAGCAGAGGUUCCUGGGGCAGCUGUGCCGGAGGAAGGCUCCGAUAAAAACCUGAGCCGGGCACCACUGCAGGACAUCGAGCUCACGGUGUCACCUGAGGGAGAGGAUGUGGCCACCUCAAAGCCAAAGCCAGUGACCUUCUUUGACAGGAUCUUCAAACUGGAGAAGGGAAAGGAAAGGAAUAGAGCACGAGGUGAUCCCCAGGAGGAGCGGCAGGUGUUGGACGUUCCUGACGGGAGCAUCGCGGCUGCGGGAUUACAGAGCACCUCCAAUGGUGUCCCACAGGGGAAGGAGAUAGAUGACUGCAACCAGAAGGACCCACGGGAGGACUCUGCAGGUGUCCCCAGUCCCAGUUCUGCUCAAGCUGAGAAGGCAGAGGUAAAGCAGGACAGCCCCCAGGCAGCUGCUGCAGGAGACAACUCCGUCAUGAGCUUCCUCAAAACACUGGUCUCCCCAAGCAAAGCUGAAGCCAAAAGUGAUUCUGAAGACAAGGGCUCGAGAGCAGAGAAGGGCCAUGGUGGGCAACCCUCUCCGAAGGCAGAAUCCCCAACCAAAGGAGCCAAGAAAAAGAAGGCAGAGAGUCCCAAGCUGGGACACAGCACAUUUAGUAAACUCUUUAGGCACAAGGCUGCAAAAGAGACCCAACAGACAACCAACACCAAAAGCCCUGAGCAGCAGCCUGUUACCUCUGUAAAACCAGACAAAAAUGUCCCUCCCUCCCAAGAGCCGCCGCCAGCGAAGCAGAACCCGAAGGUCCCCGAGGUUGCAGCCGCCCCUCAGGGAGCAGCCAGUGAAGCCCCCAGGGAGGGGAUGAAGGAGAAACCAUCAGCCACCCCCAUGCCCCUGAGCAAGCUCUUCUGGAAAAAGAACUCAUCGGAGGAAGCAGAGGCCGUGAGCAAUGAGAAAACAGAGGCGUCUUUCGAAGCGGUGGCUCCCGACAGGGACGAGAGCAAGAGCCCGGAGGGCUCAGAGGUGAAACCCCGAGCAGCGGAAAGCAAAACGCCCAAGGCGAACCUGAGGAAGUUUUUCAAGCUGACGUUAAACCCCACAGAGAAGCCACUUGCCCCGGCUGAAGGUGACCCUGUGGGCCAGAGGAGCAAGGAGAGCUCCAAAGACAAGAAGUCCACGGUGGAGCUGAGCAAGCAGAAGGGCAGCAAACAGGAGAGCAGGGAGCAGCCAGACCCCCGGGAGCAGCCGGCAGCCGACACCGACUCCAUCCAGAACGGAGGAGACGCUUCCAAGGAACCCUCCUACAAGAAGACAGAGAAGAGGCAGUCCCUGGGAGGGUUUUUCAAGGGCCUUGGUUCCAAAAGGACGUCUGAUGCAGAGGUGCAAACAGAUCCAGUGUCCAUCCUACCUGCUGGGAAAUCCAAGUAAUGGCUCCACGUGGCUGCUGGAGGCUCAGCAGCUUUCUGCGAGCUCCCUUGCAGUAGACAUGACUCAUUCUUUUCCUUUACAUGGCUGUCAUCAAGUGCCUGAGGCUAAAGCAAACACUGGUGUAUCAUUUAAGGUAUAUCAUUUACAGGGUUUGUUCCUUCGGUGUUAGAAAGCGACUCUAAAGAUCACCAAGCAGUGUGCUGCAUGUUUAAAAAAAAGGUCAUGUGGAUGAUUUUAAAUCUGUAGAGGGUAGGGUAUGUAAGGUAGGUAGGUGGCAGUGAACUAAAUAAAAGGCAGGAAAAAAAAUGCACGUGACAAAGGAACGUAGAUUGGGCAGCAAGGCAUGAGCAACAAACCCUCUGCUUUAGAGAGCUUUAAAGCAGCCAGGAAAAACAAAAAUCUCCUUUGAUAAAUCUUAUACUCAGAUGUAAAAACAACCAAGUCACUUUUUGUGGUUUUUCAAUAGAGCUGAAAUUAGCAGAAAAAAAAAAGCAAAAAAAAAAAAGCCUGCCGAAGAAUAGAAUCAGUGGUUAUAAAGUUAUGCUUCCUAUUGGUUAUUAAUGGAAAUUAAAACGCUAAAAUGCAAAGGCUUUACGUGAUUGAGACAACGUCUCUCUCGUCUGGGUGAGGUGGGAUAACAAAUUAAAAGCUAUUUAAGGUUCUAAUAGGAACACAAGAGGGCACCCACGUCCCCGUGCACUCCUAACACCAGGCUGUACCUACAAUCCUGGGAUUAAUGUUUCUCAGAUCAUAGGAAACUUAGUUGUUUAUUCAGAUAUUUGUUUUUAUCCAUACUUGUAAUUAAUCCUAAUAAAAACCAAAAUCAAAGCUG